AAUAUUUAAGUUGGACAUCACAAUCAUAUGCUGAAACAUGUGUCUGAUGUUGCCAACCUUCCUGUAACGCAACGUGUUUAAACUCGUGUAAAAUGACAGGAAAGUAAAGAUUGCAACCAGUUCCAUUAUGACUUCUCCACUUGUUCAUGAAAAAAUCUGGUUUGAUAAAGGCAGAUACAAUGAAGCAGAACGGCAGUACUUUGAAAACUUGGCAAAGCUCCCACCACCACAAUCAAAACAUGACAAGCGAUUCAAGCUCAAAGAGGCUAAGGAGAAGCAUAAUAAGGCUGAUAAGAAAGGUUGUGACAGGAGGACAGUUAAUAAAGAUGAGAACAAGGGAUCUCCUAACACUCCCAACAAAAACUCCUUGGCUGGAGAGGUUGCCAAGGCACGGCAGCAUAUUAAAAAUUCAUUAGAAUGUAUGGAUGGAAUUGCUGCUCUAGCAACAACAUCAAAUGUUGAAGUUAGCAGAAUAAAUUCAUUAGAAAAAGAAAAUGCAGAUCUGAAAAAGUAUGUGGAUGACCUUAAAACAAUAAUUAUCAAAUUAGAAUCAAGAAUUGACAAAUUAGAAUUAAGGGUAAAGGCUGUGGAAGAAAAAUCUGGUAAUGCCAGCCCAGUAGUUCCAUCUAGCAGCUCAGAAGUUAGAACAGCUUCAUUGGCUCCAGCCACAACACCCAAGGAGGUGGAUGAAGAAAACGAUGUAGAUUUGUUUGGUUCAGAUUCUGAGGAAGAGAGUGAUGAUGCCAAGAAACUGAAAGAAGCCCGGCUAGCAGCAUAUGCAGCCAAGAAAGCUAAAAAGCCUGCCCUUAUUGCAAAAUCUAACAUAAUUCUGGAUGUAAAGCCAUGGGAUGAUGAGACAGAUAUGAAACUAAUGGAGAAAGCUGUACGAGCUGUUAGUACAGAUGGACUUUUAUGGGGUGCUUCGAAGCUUGUUCCAUUAGCAUUUAGUAUUCACAAGCUUCAGAUAUCCUGUGUUGUUGAAGACGACAAAGUGUCUGUGGAUUGGUUGCAAGAAACUCUGGAAGAAAUUGAAGAUUAUGUACAAAGUGUGGACAUUGCAGCUUUCAACAAAGUUUAACUCCUCUACCAUCUGUUUUACAAGUUGGCUGCAUAUUUAUAUAAAUUUCAUUCCAACCUUACCUGCACCUCUGUGAUAGAACCACAUGUUUGUAAUAUGAAAACUCCAAAGUUUACUCUUACAUCUGUGGCCUGGAAUAUUUCUUCUAGAGGUAUAAACACUGUAGAAUAGCAGAUUAAUGUUAAGUACCAGUGUUUUACUAAAGAAGACUUCCACUAAGAUGUACCAUUACCUGAACAUUUUUAGAAGUUGCUGAUAUGCAUUUGCAGAUACCCUUCCAAUAGAUUUUAAAUAUUUUUAUGCAGCUGCUGUACUGAUGUCAAUGUUUACUGUUAAUAAAAUACUUAUGUUGUAAUAAAGUGAAGUGUUCAUUGCAGA